CUGACCUCACACCCUCCCUCCCCCCAGGCCCAGGCCCCAGGCUGCCAUCACCCUUGGCAGUGGGCAGUGCCUGUCCUGACCUCCGACCUCAGCCCUCCCAGACACAGCAGCCCCUUCCCAUGCCCUCUCAACUGAAUUGAUCAGAAAUUGUCGGAGAAGGGCUCCCCUGCUCACACCUUGCUCCCUGGUACCGCCCCCUUCUGUGGCUCAGGUGUCUUUGUGGGAGGACCUGACAGGGCCUGGUGACUCCUGGAACAGGCCCCUGGAAGCCCAGCCUUGGACAACAGGGUUCUCCCUGGCAAGUGUCUUGGUGGGCUCUGGAGCCUGGGCCUCUGCUGCUAAUGCUGGCCUUGUUUAACUGAAGUGGGCUGAGGUCUGUUGAGCAGGGAGAGCAGAGGUCAGCCAGACAGUGGUCAGUGACUCAGGGGCUGAACAGGAACCCUGCAUCAAGGCUGAGAAGGGGGCCAGACAUGAUGGUCAGGAAACCCAGGGACCAGAAGGAGAUGCCAGUGGCCCUCAGUCUGCCCACCAGAGAGGGGUUGCUUGUAGUUAAGGAGGGCCCCAGCAUCCCUUGGCACUCACCUAGACUAUUUUGUAUAUCUGGGGAGAAGGAUCUAGGGUGCCCACCUGGGUAGGUUGGCUUUGCAUGGGGUGUGACUGGGCAGGGGUGAGGACCCUGAAGGGAAAGAUACCCUCAAGGUGCUGGGGCUUGGCAGCCUGUGAGCCAGUAGCUGUUGCUGGUGCCAUAAUUGGCCCUUAGGAGGGAUGUGGUCAGCCUCCUUCCUCCUGCACAGGCCACCUCUCCUGGGGACACGCCCUGCCCGAUGCCUGAUCCUCAGCACACUUUGGGACUGCCGCCGGCUCCAGGGGUCCAGCAGAAGUGGACCUGGGAAGAGUGGCAGCCGGAAGGAGGUCCGACUUCCCAUGCUACAGGACUCACCAAAGCUGGGGAUGCCUGUGGUCCACAGUGGACAGACAGUAUCUGGCCAGGCUCCUCUCUGCUUUGACCCAGGAAGUCCAGCCAGCGACCGGACAGAGGGGAAGAAAAAGGGGCGGCCAAAGGCCGAGAACCAGGCCCUGCGAGACAUUCCUCUCUCACUCAUGAACCAGUGGAAAGAUGAAUUCAAAGCUCACUCAAGGGUGAAGUGUCCCAACUCAGGGUGCUGGCUGGAAUUUCCCAGCAUCUACGGACUCAAGUACCAUUACCAGCGCUGCCAAGGGGGCGCCAUCUCAGAUAGGCUGGCUUUCCCUUGCCCCUUCUGCGAGGCUGCAUUCACCUCAAAGACCCAGCUGGAGAAACACCGGAUUUGGAAUCACAUGGACCGUCCCCUGCCAGCCCCCAAGCCUGGACCAGUCAGCCGACCAGUCUCCAUCAGCCGGCCUGUUGGGGUCAGCAAGCCCAUUGGAGUGAGCAAGCCUGUCACUAUGGGAAAGCCUGUGGGAGUCAGCAGACCCAUUGGCAUCAGCAAGCCGGUCACAGUGAGCAGACCCGUGCCAGUCACUAGGCCCAUGCCGGUCACCAAGCCUGUCACAGUCAGCAGGCCUAUGCCAGUCACCAAGGCCAUGCCAGUCACCAAGGCCAUGCCAGUCACUAGGCCUGUGCCAGUCACCAAGCCUAUCCCAGUCACCAAGUUGGUAACAAUUACAAAACCUGUGCCGGUCAGCAAGCCAGUGCCAGUCAGCAGGCCCGUUGUGGUCAGCAAGCCAGUGCCGGUCAGCAGGCCCAUUGCCAUCAGCAGACAUACACCAACCUGCAAAAUGGUGCUGCUGACCAAGUCUGAGAACAAAGCACCUCGUGCUGCUGGGAAGAGCAGCAGUAAGAAAAGGGCCGCAGACAGCCUGGACAUCUGCCCUAUCCCACCAAAGCAGUCCAGGCCAGAGAAUGGGGAGUUCAGCCCAUCUACCACGGACCAGAGCUUGGCCUUACAGCUGAGUACAGAUCCCAGCAGUAGUUCCCUGCUGCUGGGUGGGAGACCCUCAGUGGGCAGGGAGGCAAUGAGGCCUGCAGGCCCUGUGUCCCCACCUGAGGAGGACCCCGGGCGCACAAAGCAUAGAAGGAAACAGAAAACACCCAAGAAAUUCACAGGGGAGCAACCAUCCAUCUCAGGGACCUUUGGACUCAAAGGCCUGGCUAAAGCCGAGGAUAAGGCUCGAGUUCACCGCUCCAAGAAGCAGGAGGGGCUGGGUCCUGAGGAUGUGCGGAAGAAGGUGCCGGCUACCCCUGUCAUUGUCAGCAAGGAGGCACCAACUCCUGUGACCCACUCAGCCCCAGGUGGUCCUGAGGAGCAGUGGCAGAGAGCUAUCCAUGAACGGGGGGAGGCCAUCUGCCCUACCUGCAAUGUGGUCACCCGGAAGACCCUUGUGGGGCUCAAGAAGCACAUGGAGGUGUGUCAGAAGCUGCAGGAUGCACUCAAGUGCCAGCACUGCCGGAAGCAAUUCAAAUCCAAGGCUGGUCUCAACUACCACACCAUGGCCGAGCACAGUGCCAAGCCUGCUGCUGCUGAGGCUUCCGAGGGCGGGGAGCAGGAGGAACGAGAGCGGCUGCGCAAGGUGCUGAAGCAGAUGGGGCGGCUGCGCUGCCCCCAGGAGGGCUGCGGGGCCGCCUUCUCCAGCCUCAUGGGCUAUCAGUACCACCAGCGGCGCUGUGGGAAACCGCCUUGUGAGGUAGACAGCCCUUCCUUCCCCUGCGCCCACUGCGGCAAGACUUAUCGCUCCAAGGCUGGUCAUGACUACCACGUGCGAUCGGAGCACUCGGCCCCGCCUCCCGAGGAGCCCAUGGAAAAGACCCCUGAGGCUGAGGACUUGCUGGGUGUGGAGCGGACCCCAAGUGGUCGCAUCCGCCGCACCUCGGCCCAGGUGGCCGUGUUCCACCUGCAGGAGAUUGCAGAGGAUGAGCUGGCACGGGACUGGACCAAGCGACGCAUGAAGGAUGAUCUUGUGCCUGAGACUGCACGGCUCAACUACACGCGGCCAGGCCUCCCCACACUCAACCCCCAGCUACUGGAGGCAUGGAAGAAUGAAGUCAAAGCCAACGGCCACGUAAACUGCCCUAACGAUUGCUGUGAAGCCAUCUACUCCAGCGUGUCUGGUCUCAAGGCCCAUCUGGCCAGCUGCAGCAAGGGGGACCACCUGGUAGGGAAAUACCGCUGUCUGCUGUGUCCCAAAGAGUUCAGCUCUGAAAGUGGCGUCAAGUACCAUAUCCUCAAGACCCAUGCAGAGAACUGGUUCCGGACCUCAGCAGACCCACCUCCCAAACACAGGAGCCAGGGUCCCUUGAUAUCCAGGAAAGAGAAACGGAGUCUGGCGGGAGGAAAGAAACGGGGCCGCAAGCCCAAGGAGCGGCCUCCUGAGGAGCCCAUGCCCAAGCUCCUCCACCGCCGAGACGACUGGCCCUUGGGAGGCAGGGACAAGGGGUCUCGGGGCUCCACUGGGCGGAAGAUCCAGAUGGCUCCCCACCCUGGCUCCCCAUGACUGGGGCAUCCCUGAUGAUCUGUGGCUCUGGGCCAAUGAGAGCACCUGGGCAUCCCUGGCUGCCACCACCUGGGCCUUGCCUCCACCCAACACUGGAACUCCAGUACCCCAGCUACCUCCCAGGACAGACCCCGUCCAGCCACUGCCAUGCUGACCUGACAGCCACCUGCCCACCCUCAUCCACCCUCCAGUUCCUCUGCUUCUGUUUUCUACCUCUCUGGGCCUGCCUCCAUCCUCUGUCUGUCAUUCCUGCUGCAUUUCAGGCCCCAAACCACUGGUCCUUGUCCUCAAGUUGGAGGGACAGCUUCCUGUCUGCUCUGCCCAGACAUGUGGAGGACCAGAGGCUUGUAUGCUCUGCUUCCUGCCUCCAGCCUCUGUCACUGCAAGCCAAGGUCACAGCCUGAGGCCAUCUCCCCGGGGCUAGGGGCUUGUGGGUCCAGGGCCAGGUGGAAAGGGCCCAGCUCCGAAGGUGAGCCCCAUGGAGAAUAUCCUCUGCCAGGUGGGGUCAGCCAAGAGGCAGAGCUCCUAUAGAAACCCUCCUCCCAAAAAAAAAAGAAACCCUCCUCCCCGUUACCUGCUCCUGUACAUCUGGUGGCAUUGGAUACAGGAACCAAAGGCCAGUGGGAGAGGGGAGCUUGCACUAGGUGGCAGCUCCAGGGCUGUGAGGAAUCUGAGGAUGGCAGGAUCUGCAGGUAGGGCAGGGGUCAGUCAGGAGUCCUAGGGCACCUGGAGGGGGAGCCCCACUUGCAGCCCCUGUGAAGGGAGGAAGAUGCUCAGAGACAUAUGGAUGGAGGCUGUUUACCAGUGGGGGCAGGGAGGGCUGAGGGCACAGCCUCACUGAUCCUGGACGAUGUGAAUUUUGAUAUUUGCCUGUGUGCGUGUCUCCUGGGUGUAGUGGAUGCCAGUCUUGUUGCUGUGACAAGUACCAACCUUUUUUUAAAUUCUGUUUUUUAUACAAAAAUUCACAACAAUCCGACAUUUUGGUGCUAAGGGUUUCCUGGUGUCGAAGGUGGGGCUGGGCUGGCCCAGGGCUGUGCUGUGGCUCCUCUGCUGCUCAGGGGACAGGGAGGAGGGGUUCCAGCUGGGUUGUCCUACCCUGAAGUACGGAGACCAGUUCCAUGGGGCUUUGGGGAUGGGAAAACUGACUGGGCAGGCCUGGCCUGAUGUAUUGGGAGGGGUGGAGAGAAUAGACUCCCCCAGCCUCACACACCUGGACCUGGUCUGAGGAUGGUGGCCUAGGUGGAGAUGAGUGUGGGCAAGGGUCAGGGGAGAAUCUGGAACUCUGGGGCAGUGUGCUUUCCAGGGCACCUGAGUGCACCCAUGGAGGGCCAAGUGGACUUGGCCCUGUUUCCAUGGUGGAGGAGGUUGGGCUCCAGCAGGGUGUGGCCUUCUGCCCAACUUCUCAGGUAUUUGGCACUUGGGGGGAAGGAGGCCAGGCUCUUUUUUUUGGGGGGGGGUUGAGUUUCCAGGACACCCCCGAAGUCCACAGGUGGCCCUGGUGUAGAAGUGGGCCUGGGUGAUGAUGUUUAGCACUUUAACCCCUGUGUCUUGAAAUGAACAAGGGGGCUGCUGCUGGAGUAGCUACUGGUUGGAGCCUGCCCUCCCUCCCUCCUUUCCUUCCCUCUCAUCCACCCACACUAACUAGAGAGGGGCAGUGGCAAGCUGGUCUGCAAAGCCUUCCUCCAGAGGGUGUAGGGCCCUGGGCGGAGUGCAUCAGGGUCUGCCCACCUCCCACUCUGGCUCACACAUGACAAAGUGACCACUGGCCUCCACAGCAGCCUCAGUGGGAGGGAUCAGAAUGGCAGACCCCAGGGGUGGUAAGCAUGGAGCUUGGUGGACCAAGCCCUGGGUCCUUGGCAAAAUGUGAGUUAGCGUCUCUGCAGAUCUACCUCUGGUUCAGUGCACGCCCUUUCCUGAGAACAGGAAAAUGCCCCAGGAGCUGACACUUCACACAGAAAUAGGAUGCACUUUACUCAAUUCUUUGCAGGCAGACGGGGGUGCAUCCUGAGUGGCUGGAGCCUUCCUUUCCCUCUGGUGGUUCUGAGGGAGGCCCUGGAAGGGGAGGGCUUUCCUUGUAAGCCCCUGCCGGCUAGACUCCAGGUAGCUUGCCCUGGAAGUCUAGGGUUCAGGAGGGCCGUGGGUCACCCUUCUGCCUGGUGGCCAUGCGUCCCAAACUUCGGGUUUCUUGUUUUGGUUUUUAAUGAGGUUCUCAGCACACAAGUGCAUUUGGAAAGACAGGUUCCAGCUAUCACUUGUAACCAUAUAUAUACAUAUAUAUAUUCUAUCUACAAAAUGUUUAUUUGCAAGAUGUUUUGACGGUGAGCUCGGGCCCUGCCCGCCUUGUGACCAUCUGUCUCCAACCUCGUCCCCUGGCGAGUGGCGCGGGGACGCGCCAUCAACUGUAUGUAUUAAAAAUGACUGUAUCAAAUAAAUGUUUAUUGAUUUUUUUCCA